AUGUAUUCAGAGGAACUAGACGAGCAGCGAGUAGCUCUCUUCCAGCAACUCAAGCCACUCUGCGUAUCUUUGCUCCAAUCUGUACCGGCCAAACGCUCAAAUACCACUCGAAUCACACUACUACUAUCAACCCUUCAUUCAACUCUUGCUUCCGUUUCCAAUGCCUCCAAUGUGUUAACUCUUAAUUUGAUUGAAUAUGUGUUUAAUAGUUUACAGCAUUUAUUCCAGACAGCAGAGUGUCCUCGAAACGACGCGUUCAUAGAAGGAUUCUUAAAAUGUACGCUUGUUAUGCUAGAGGCCAGUUGGUGGCAGUAUAUGACACCAACUUUAUAUAGGCAGUUAUUUAUAUUUUUUGUCAGUAUCAUUGAAGGACCAGAACGAAGCAAGGAAAGGGAGAGGAACAAGGAAAGGAAUAAAAACAACGGACAAAAAGAAUCUAUUAAGAAGCCUGGCGAAAAACUUGAUCACAAGUCCGAUGAAAAUUCUAAUGAUAACGAUAAUACAGCAAGUCAGAUAGAUUCAUUGUCGGAAGAUACAAAACUCAUUUGUCUUUGCUGUAUUCUAGCGCUUAAUCCGCCUCAUAGUCAGCAGCAGUCACUUCGGCAGGAACUUUGCGAUCCCCAAAUGCGCAUUGUAUCAGGCCGUUGUAUAUUCAUUCUACUUGAAUAUAUCAAAUCAGAACGAAUGCUCGAGCUAAGAGUACGGUCCCUGGAGACACUUCAAAUGAUAACAAACAGUCUAGAAGAUGCGAGCAUUGUAGCAUCAUUUCUACCUGGAGUCGUCAGCACACUCGGAAAUACUUUGAUAGAAAGUCAAAAGGAAAAUCACCGAUUACUGACCAGUAUAGUAGACGUAUUAGGUGAUAUAAUAGUGCUAGUCAUGAAGGAUAGUGUGAACGAUGAUAUAAUAACGAAAAUUGAAGAUUUACAGGAUUUGAAAAUAUUUACCAACACGGCCGAAGACGCGAGUGAGUUAAAAAAGGAACAAUCGGAAGAGCGAAAACUUAUGUAUAUUAAUCGUACUAAUUCAUGGCACAAAGCAACGUCAUAUCAAAUAAAAACACUUCUCUCUCGAAUCUUUACUAUUCGUAAUCACUCAUCUGCCCACUUGCGUCUUUCCUUUUCCAACUUUUCUUAUAAGCUACUUUUUUCAUGUUCCAAUUCUCUUUCUUCGUCCCUAGCCAUCCUUCUCGAGACAUUACUGCUGUACUUGUCAGACUCGUAUAUCGAAGUAUCCAUUCCCACAAAACAUCACAUGGUAUCUUUACAACAUCAACAUGGGACAAGGUUCGAACAAUUGUUUGUUCCUACAAUAAAGGAGAAUCUGGACAAGUGGCUGACAAAUUUGCCAAGAUAUCUGAUGGGAAUAGACGAGAAUGCAAAGAGAACAGUCUUGGAUCUUAUAUCUGGACAUGUGAGAGUCUUGGGCAGGGAAGUGCAGAGCGUGCUGAAUAACAGCCUGAUCAGAAUGUCGUUUGGAUUGUUGGCCGCUGUUGAAUUUGACAAAAGUGUAGCUAGGGUUGGUUUAGUUGAGAGAGAUUUCGGAGCCAUAGAAGGGAUAGAUUCUGGAAUUACAGAAGAUGCAAGAAAAAUCAGUGAAGUGGUUACUGCAUCAUCGUCAAUUAUUCCCGCUUUUCCAUCAACAAACUCAAUUCUUUACUCUUACUAUUCCCCGGUCCCGUCUUCUCUGCCUCCAUUUCCUCGAAUCCCUUUUAAAUACCUUAGCGAUUCAGCAGUUCAUCAUUCGCUCUCCACACUUUUCAGACUCUUUGGCUAUUAUGGUAACCUCUCGUUCCUUAUUGACCAUUUCCUCUCAUUCGCACAGAACAACUCGCCAAGAUUUCAUGCCGAGUGCGUAUUAAUUGUCAACGAAAUAGUGUUGGGUGCCGGUGGAUAUGAAAUGAGUGAAGAAGAGAAUGAUAUCAGAGGUAGGCGAGAAACAAGAAUGGGAAAUGAAUCCAGCAAGGAUUUCUUCGAUGUAAAAGGAAGAGCGGCUAAUGAUUAUAAAAACGUAAAAGAGAUCGCCAAAGGGUUGGUUACAGAGUACGUUGAAUGGAAUAGAGAAAAGACAGGAGAACGUGUAAAUGAGACGGGUGAGGAAUAUGCAACUGUUCGAUCUAUGCGAGAUAUCACCUUACAUCAUAAUGUCCAGACAGCGAUACCACCGUCUGCUCUUGCUGCUCCAACAUAUACUCACGCGAGCGUAGUAAUACUACAAUCUCAACUUCUCCGCGGCAUAUCGAUAUUAGCCACAAUCCUUUCUAAUGCCUUCCGUCCUCUCCUUCUUACUGCUCUAUAUCCUAUUCUUUCUUCACUCACCUCUCCACACUCGCUUGUUUCAAGUACAGCCCAAACAGCCCUAGUUCAUGUCUCUUACGAAUGUGGAUAUGCCUCUCCAUCUGAACUCAUUCUUGAUAAUCUUGAUUACAUUGUUAAUGAUGCAUCAAGGAAAUUGCAAAAGCUGCGAGAAGAAAUGGAAGUGAUUGAUGUGUUGAGCAUGGUUGUUAAGAUUGGGGGAAUUGGUGUGUUGCUCUAUAUCGAAGAUAUUGUCGGAGAGAUAUUGAUGCAAAUGGACAAAUGGAAUUUGGACGAAGACGUUGUUGAAAGACUAUCGAGAGUGCUUGAGAAUGUUGUGUUAGUCGUUGGAAAUGAGCAAAAGAACGGUAAGGGCACCAGUGAUAUGAAAGGAGAUGAUGGUGUGUUGGAAGAGGACAAGACAAGCAGAAAAGUGAAUGCGUCUAUAAAUACUGUUACGACUGAAUAUGGAAUAAUAUCAUCAGAAAUAGCAGAUUUCAUCGCGUCAUACUCUCCAGACGUACCAUGUCGUCUGCUUCCAUCCGAGAAAGCAACACUUGAUGAAAUUGGUGAAUACUUUCUCAACAUUCAUCGACAGAAAGAAUCGCAAGAACUCUCAACAGACCAAGAUGCGUUCAACAGUGACAGCAUAGCAGAGCACAACGACUCUUCUCAGUCUCCAGAGGCAACCCCAGUUCCAACACAGUCCCAACAGAUAACGCUCUCGAUUGUUGAUAAACUUGUGCACUUUCUUCCUGCUUCGUCGUCACAUCUUCGUUACACUGCUCUUAAUAUCAUCCGUUCGGCUCUUUCUGUUUUUUAUUCACUUCCUAAUGAACUGAAUCCGCUAGUUCAUCGCUUAUGGCCAUUGAUUAUAAACAGGUUGGGUGAUGAAGAACAUUAUGUAAUACUUGCGGCUGCAGAAGUAAUCGAGACGAUCGCGAUAACAAGUGGUGACUUUGUUAUGAGGAGGAUUAUUGAUGAUGUGUGGCCAAGGUUUAAAACGUUGUUGGGCAGACGAGGAAAAGGUGCGAGUAAUAUGGUAGACAUUUGGGAAUAUUCGAUUAGUCAUCGAAUGAAAGUAUCUAUUUUGAGAACUAUGUGUGUUACUGUAAAGAAUGUUGAAUUAACCAACGAGAUGUUAUUCGAGUUGAUUGAUGUAAUGUAUCCAUUACUAAACAAGAGACAACACGAGAGAAUACAGAGUGUCGUGACAGAGCUGUUCGGGGCUAUUGCUGAGAGACAUGCAGACGCCGUGUGGUUGAUAACAAAAGGAUUGGUUAAAGAGUAUUCGGUAGUUAGAGUAGAAAAGAGACAUGUGGAUGAUGAGGUGAUGCGUGAUAUUGUAUGGCCUGAGCAUUUGCACAAGUAUUCAAAAGAAGAUGGAGGAGAGGCAUACCGAAAUAAUGUAGACAAGAUAUUGGAAAAAAUACAACCACAGGAAGUUAAAUCAUAA